UCGGCUAAGACCGUGGCAUCUUCAUCGUUUUCGAACUUCCUCGCGAAAACGCCUAUGCCCGAAGCAUUUUCGCGGGCUUAGGGUUUAAGGACCGCUCUGCUCUGCUCUAAAACCCUAAGAAUAUGCAGUCGCAAUCCUUCUCUCGUGGGCUUCCCCCGGCUCUGGUCGGAUUACAGGAUGGCCGUUCUCGCUUUCGUCAAAUGCAAUUGGUAAACCGGUGGAAACAAGGAGAACAGCUUGAAUUUUCAUCCAAACCGCUUCAAUUUGCAUCCAAGUGGGAUGUGUUGAAGAGGAAGAGAGGGGCGUUCAUGUGCGUGGCUGAUUCUAACGGGAAGCCUCAGUUGGAAUCGUCUGGAAAGGAAAAUCGUAUAUUGUAUGUUAGUGCAUUGAAUGGAGCGGAGCCUUGUCGUGGGAAAUCUGGCUCUGUCUCAUUUCAUGGUCUCACUCACCAGUUGGUAGAAGAGGGUAAAUUGAUGUCAGCUCCUUUUAGAGAAGACAAGGGCUCUCUCCUCUGGGUACUAGCUCCUGCAGUGUUUAUCUCAUCUUUGAUUUUUCCUCAAGUUUUCCUUGGCGAUCUAAUCGAGGCUUACUUCAAGGAGGAGAUUCUCGUAGAAGUUGUGACUUCAUUGGUGUUUGAAGUCCUAUUUUACGUUGGAGUUGCUGCGUUCCUGCUCGUGACCGAUCGUGUUCAAAAACCAUACUUGCAAUUCAGCUCGAAGAGGUGGAGUCUCAUUACAGGCCUUAGAGGAUACUUGACAACAGCUUUCUUCAUUGCUGGCUUCAAGGUUGUAGCUCCACUAUUUGCCGUCUAUGUAACUUGGCCGAUGAUUGGCCUGCCUGCCCUCGUUGCAGUGUUUCCAUUUCUGGUUGGCUGUAUCGUUCAGUUGGCAUUUGAAACCCAUGUUGAUAGGCGUGGCUCAGCUGCUUGGCCACUCGUUCCAAUCAUUUUUGAGGUUUAUAGACUUUACCAGUUGACAAAAGCUUCCCAUUGUAUGGAGAGGUUGAUGUUCCAAAUGAGAGGGCUUCCCAACACUCCAGAAUUGUUGGAAAAAAGUGGAGCUAUUUUUUCUAUGAUGAUAACCUUUCAAGUCUUGGGAGUCAUAUGCCUCUGGUCGUUAAUGACUUUUCUUUUGAGGCUUUUUCCUUCCAGACCUGUGGCAGAGAAUUACUAGUGUUGUAGCAUUCUGUACAUUCUAUUUUCAGGGUUAGUUAACUCUUAAUUACAAUUUAUUUUGUUGCAAGGAUUUCUAGAACAUUUUAUCAUGAUUUGUUCAAUGAGCUCCAUAUUGUCCUACCCCAUCAAUUGAUAUUCAAAUCUUCAGCUUCCUCCUCAGAAGUUUAAGGAAAAAUCAGGACUUGCCAUCCUGUUUGAUUUGAG